GACAGGAAGGGCCUGGCUGAUGCAGAGAGAGGUGGCCGGCACACUAUUCAAGAACACGCGGGAUCCUGGGACGAAGAAGCUAGCGCUGGAGGAAGAAGGGGGAGCAGGGUCAGCCAUCUCGGGGCCGGGCCCAAGCCGAGAGGAAGGUAAAGAGCCGGACACAGACACUGACAGGCUCUCCUUACUUCCUCUUAGGGUUUCCAGUCCCACCAGAGAUCCCAGCACCAUGCCUCCCAAGAAGCCUGAACCCAAAAAAGAGGCAGCCAAGCCAGCCGCAGCUCCAGCCCCAGCCCCAGCUCCUGCCCCUGCUCCUGCUCCAGAAGCCCCCAAGGAACCUGCCUUUGACCCAAAGAGUGUGAAGAUUGAUUUCUCCGCUGACCAGAUAGAAGAGUUCAAAGAGGCUUUCUCGCUGUUUGAUCGGACACCAACCGGAGAGAUGAAGAUUACAUAUGGACAAUGUGGGGAUGUGCUACGGGCCCUGGGCCAGAACCCCACUAAUGCUGAAGUCCUCCGGGUACUGGGCAAGCCCAAGCCUGAAGAGAUGAACGCCAAAAUGCUCGACUUUGAGACGUUCCUGCCCAUCCUGCAGCAUAUCUCCCGCAACAAGGACCAGGGGACCUAUGAGGACUUUGUGGAGGGGCUUCGAGUCUUUGACAAGGAGAGUAAUGGCACUGUAAUGGGUGCUGAGCUACGCCAUGUCCUUGCCACACUGGGUGAGAAGAUGACCGAAUCAGAAGUGGAACAGCUGAUGGCUGGACAGGAGGACGCCAAUGGCUGCAUUAACUAUGAAGCCUUUGUCAAACACAUCAUGUCUGGAUAAAGUGGGGCCUUCAGGGUACAAGGUGGCCUUUCAUUGUUGACAUUGCAUCAGGAGUGAGUGAACCCUCGGAAGAACUGCGGAACUGGAGUCAGAGGGACCCAGGCCCGUCUCCCCAUCACAGUAACAAGAAGCUCCUCAGCUUCACAGCCGCCUCUGUAAAUAAACAACCAG